AUGUCUAUUCCAUCCCUCUCUGCCAGCCGUAUCGGUCUGUCGAUGGCGACCACACUUGCUCGCCCUAAUGCCGUGGCCAGAAUUACCGCACAGGGAGCAUCGGCGCAACUGACCCGACUCAACUCGUCUCUCGUCCGGGCGUCAUCUAGCAUCCCAAGCCAGAUCUUUCAGUCUCAUAAUGUUCGACCUUCCUCGCGCUGCGUCGCCCGUCCUUCUGAGCGCCGUGCGCAGUCCACAAAGUCGCCAAACAACAGUGAAGCCAAGCUCGACUGGGAUUCAUUCUUCAAACUCCGUGCUUCGCGCCGUCGCUAUUCUCUUGCAUCCUCAAUCAUCACAUCUCUCGUCUCUACUUCUGUUGGUGUUCAGGUCCUUGCCGCUCAGGACUUGGAAGCUCUCGGCACUCAGGUGAUGGGUCUCGACCCUUUCGUUGUUCUCGGGUUGGCAACCGCAGCUUGCGGUGCUGUUGGAUGGUUGAUGGGUCCUGCCGUCGGCAAUGGUGUUUGGGGCUUGGUUUACCGCCGAUACAAGCCUUCUGUGGCAACUAAAGAAAAGGAAUUCUUCGAUCGCAUUAGACGCUUCCGUGUUGAUCCCUCGACCAAUUCAAUUGCGAACCCCGUUCCCGACUACUACGGCGAGAAAAUUGGAAGUGUACAGGGCUAUCGCCAGUGGCUGAAGGACCAACGCGCGUACAACCGCAAGCGCCGAAAUUUCAUCGCGUGA